GAGUGCGAGCCCGCGGUACCUACACGCCGGGUCUGGGUUUGGCCGGGUCGGGUGCUGCGCAGGCAUAGCGGAGUGGAGCAAGAGCAAGAGUAAGAGCAAGAGCAAGAGCAGAACAGAGCAGAGAGGCAGUGCCAGUACCAGUUACCAGUGGUAGAGCCGGAUCCAGAAAGAGAGCCAGUACCAUCGGCAGCUGUAGUGGCGUCAGAAGUGAGCCGUGUACACCUGCCACGCCACUCGAUACGCAUUUGCUAUAGUUCGAGUUGACGUUCGAAUUGUUCCUCUUCGAUUUAAGGAGACCUAUGUGAUAGAAACAAGAUCAGAGAUAGAGAGAGAAAGAGAGAGACAGAGAAGAAGAAAGACAGAAGUAGUGGUUGAAAGAGGGAAAGAUAGAAAGAAAGAGAAAAAUAGGAAAAAAGAACAAGUUGUAUGUAUGUAUACAUAGAGACACAGUUAAAUAGAGGAAUACAUAGACAAAGGAUCAAAGCAACGAAUACACGUUGAGAUAUAUCUCAACAUCCAGCUCGCGAGCCACCCCUUGAACCACCCUCCCCCCCAAAGCAUUCUCCCCUUUCGCUCGACCACCCCUCUUCUAGCCGACUCCUCGCUUUAGACUACCCUUCUCUCCCCGAACUUUCCUUCCUUCCUUCCUUCCUGCCUGCCUGCCUGCCUGCCUGCUUGCCUGCCUGCCUCCUGCUUGCUUCUCUGUCUCUCCGUUUUCCUACAUGCUACCUAUCUUCUUUUCUCUUAUUCUUACUUCCCUUUCUACCGUCUCCUAGUUCCAUGUUAUCUCUCAAAUAAUAAACUUGAAUCGUUCGGGUCGUGUGCGGUUAGAAAAACCAUUUAUCAGUGCCAAUACUUAAUCAUCGCGUUAGUGAAAAUUGUCUAAAUAAAGAGAAUUGUUAAAUUUUUCAAAUGGAUCGAGAAUGAAGAGUCAGUGAAUAUCUAACUGUAGUUUGUUGUGAUAUUGUUCGUAGGGAUCAGUGGAUUUCGAUCCCAAAAAUUCAGUGGACGACCUAGUAUUACUACUACUAAUACUAUUACUACUAAAGUGGACUGUGUGAGAAAAACUCGACUUGCCAUUAGUUCGCUUAGGAACGAUCGACUUGCAUCCCGUUGUCAAGCGAAUGCUAACUAUUUUGAUAAACUAUUUAUUUUUAUGACAAUAUUUGUAUUUGUGAAGAAUUUCUUGCUGUUAUCUGAUUGGUGGUAAAAGCGUGGGUUGGUACAUAAGCGAGGCGUUCAACGUGGCCGAUCAUUGGACAUGGUGAGGGGGCAUGUUGGUGUGCCGGCGGUUGCUGCUGAUCGCAGCCGCGAUCGCGGCCUCGAUCGAGAUUGGCUCCGCUAGUUAUCGUUCAAGCAUAUCCUCGGAAAACCCUAGCAAUCCUGGAACGACAUCAUCCGAGGUAUCAUCUAGUAGCCCGGAAACGAGCGGCUCCUCGACCGAAAUCACCGAGACGAUCGUUUGCAGACCGUCCGAGUAUCUUUGUGGUACUGGCCAGUGCGUUGCACAGGACAAAUAUUGCGACGGGGAAAAUGACUGCGGCGACAAAUCCGACGAGCCACGAUAUUGCACUCCAUGCAACCGAACGCUGUACGGUGAUGUCGGUCGAACGUACAGAAUGGAAGUCCGUCGGCCGAGGAAGGAUCGACUGCCAUUCUUGUGUCAUCUCAACUUCACUGCCGCCGGUUCUGAUCUUGGUGAUCUAGUUCAGUUAACGUUCGACACGUUUACGGUCGGUCGAUUUCAAUCUUUCACGUCGGAAGGAUGCCCGGAUGGUUUCAUGAGUAUUCGCGAGGAGGGUCGUCCAGCGACAGGUGGACAAUGGUGUGGCAGUGCUUGGGGUUACACGGUCUACUACAGCGAAACACCCUCCAUCAAUCUCACUCUUUACUUGCAACGCUUGCCCGAGGAGGGGAUCGGUUACAACUUCGACUUCCAACUAUCGUACAAGUUUCUCAGACGAAGCGAAGCACAUCUAAGGUAUGGGAACACGAGUAUGGCUACUUGGCGAGGUGAACUGGUAAAUGGUACCUACUGUGAUCGCGUAUUAACCAAAUGCGACACUCGUGCCUGCCGGCUUCAGUCACCGAACUAUCCUGGCGUUUAUCCCAGGAACGUCACCUGUUACUAUCGCGUUGAACAGAAUCGUGCACCUCCUGGGCACAGAGCACUUCUUGCUGUCAGUCAACGUAACAGCCACAAGAUACACAUCAAAGAUCAGAUUGUCAAAUACGAUAGAAGUCAACGUAUACUUAGAGUUUGGGAUCAGUGUAAUGUAGUACAAGAUUACUUAACCGUAUACGAUGGUGGCUCCACCUCGGAUAGAGUCCUCGUGAGAUUGUGUGGAGGAGACGCAGUGCCGGAUAUCGUCAGUAGUCACAACACAAUGCUUUUGGAAUUUCACACCUCGCCAUACGAUAAUCCGUUUCACCCUGUUCCUUUAUCUUUCCUUCCAGGAUUCGAGCUAGAAGUUCAGGUGCUAUUCGUCGACGAAAAAUCCCGAAGCUUCGUGAAGGAAAACGACAACUGCGACUUUUAUAUAUCGAGCGAGGAAAGCUCGUUGGGAAUACUGGAGAAUCCGAAGCACUCUCUUCCGCCGAAUACUACUUGCCGUUAUCACUUUCAAGGGAAACUAAACGAGAUCGUUUGGCUUUCCUUCGUCAAGUAUUAUGCCGCCAGUGCGGAACUUGCUGCGAAUCUUCACACUGGUGCAGAUUGUAACGCGAAGUUGCUGAUAUGGGAUGGCGAUCAUGCUUCAAAUAAGCUUGUUACCACCCGAAAGAACAUCACACUGAUGGGCCAAUUUUGUAAAGACGACGUACCAAGACUUUGCGAUCACAGUCUUUUACGUAAUAGCAGUCGUCAUACGCGUCCUUGCAGUUUGACCGAGAGUUACGUUUCCACGGGAAGGGAUCUCACCUUAGAACACAUUCUACGUCAAGGAAGUGCUCUUUAUCCGAUAAGCUUCGUCUUGCGUUAUGAAUUUGUGCACGAGGCCACAUCCUGUAAUCACGUUUUCUCAAUGACGUCUCCGACUUCCUCUUCGUCUUCCACAUCAUCAUCAUCAUCAUCAUCAUCAUCAUCAUCAUCAUCGUCGUCGUCAUCAUCAUCAUCAUCAUCAUCGUCGUCAUCAUCAUCAUCAUCAUCAUCAUCAUCAUCAUCAUCAUCAUCAUCAUCAUCAUCAUCGUCUUCGUCUUCGUCUUCGUCUUCGUCUUUAUCUUCAUCUUCGUCUUCGUUAUCUAUCAUCUCGAACUUUGGAAAGUUCACAUCUCCUAAGAGCGUAUUUCUCUAUGGUCGAGGUGGUACCCAAAAUCUCAGCUGUGUCUAUAGAUUCGAGUCCAAGCCCGAACAUAGAAUAGAGUUGUCCAUUGACAGAGCUUCCUUCGGUGAUAAGAUCUGUUCCUCUUACAUCGAUCCACUCGUCAAUCGAUGGACUUGCGAUAGACGUAUUGGCGGGCCAAGAAAGUUUGGUAUUGCUGAACUCGUCAUAGCUGAGUAUCCUUGGCACGAAGUUGAAUUGAUACGCGACUGUUUGUGCUCUAACGUGACAGAGAGAAUCAUUUUGAGAAGUCUAACGUCGAACGUCAUCGAAAUUAGGUUUACAGUGACACUGAUGAACGUAACGCAAGACUACAGAGAUUACUUUUUCGAAGGAGAAUAUCGUUUUAUUCCAAUGAAUACAGAAAACAGCGAGCAAGGAGGUUGCUCAACGAAACUCGAAGAACGUCGAUUGCGUGGUACCAGUGGUGAGAUAUCACUUAGAAGUCCAUUACCACGCAUUACUCCUGGUGUCGCAGCUGUCGAAGAAAUUUUAACGAACACGGAAGAUUUAACAGCUACGCAAUGCGUUAACGAACCCUGGCUGAUCGAGCCCGAGGACGCGAGAAUGAACUUUCUUUAUUUACGAACUGCUGGUUAUAGCAUUGAUCUCGACAACGUUGAAGCAUGUACCACUCAAAAUCGAAUAAUCGUAUACUCAGCAGCCAAUACCAAAGAACGCAGUGUAAUCUGUCCAGAAGGUGGAGUGGAUACUAGCAAAACAGUCGACUUCUUCUCAGGUGGUUGGAAUUACAGUGCUGUUAAUGCUAGCGUAGCAAUGCAACAACACUCUAGAAGCUUCGUCGUUGAAUUCCUGCAAAGAGAACCUGGGUUUUAUGCCGUUACGUGGAUGGCUAUCUCCAAACGAACACCUGCGUCCAGUCUUGGUUCCAACGCUUUUACGAUCUUACCUACAGAGGAGUGUCCUUUUAGGUGUCCAGAAAUUCAUGCGUGCAUCAGCCAGGUCCUUUGGUGCGACGGUGUUCGUAAUUGUCCUUCAGGAAACGACGAAAAGGAAGAAAACUGUUCGUAUCGUUUCGGGCCAACGUUAUUUUACGUCGCUAUUGGUGCCGGUGCUCUUGGUGUAUUCUUCGUCCUUUUAUUGGCUACCGGUUGCCUCAAAUAUUGCCUCUCUCGUCACAAAACACGAAAGAAGAAAAAAAACGUUGCUCUCAAUGUAAAUCAUCAUGUUAAUCAUACCCACCAUAAUAACGGUUUGACUGGAAGCAGAUUAAGCGGACGUUACAAUCUUCCGACACCACAGGAAAUGUAUUUGGAGAAUUAUGGGAAAGAUAGUAUUUGUUGACAAUACGCCAUUACUAAUAUCGAGACCACCGUGUGAAUAGUUUGGAUUUUUAAUCUGCCUAUCUCGCUGACAGGAAAACACGUCAAAAAUAAUAAUUAUCGACGGCAGAUAAAAGAAAAUGAAUAAUAAAAAUGAUUAUUGACGACAAAUAAUAAUAAAAAAAAAAACAAAAUAAUUAUCGACUGAGUUAUAUUAUCGAGGAAUAGGUAUAUACAAAAAUUUUACCACUGGAUUCAAUUCUUGAUGAAAAUUUAAAAAUCUAAUAAAUUUGUGAUCACCUUAAACGUAACGAUGAAUUUUUAGAUCGUUCUCGUUUAAUUUUUUCUAACAACGUUCAGAGAAAUGAACGAAAUAACGCAGAAAUUGUUUUUCCUUUUUUUCUUUUCUUUUCUUUUUCUUUUUAAACACAAGAAAAACUAACAAUAAAAGAUAGAAAUUGUAUUGAUCGUCAAGAAACAACCCUGGACCGUCGUCUUUCUACUUGUCGAGCUCAUCUAGCGUGAUUUUCACUCUCACGAACACAGAAACCGACCAAAUUCCAUCAUCCUCGCAAAAAAGAAGAAUUAUUAUUAUUAUUAUUAUCAUCAGUAAGCUCCGACUUAGUAAACUUAAAUGCGCGUUUUUUAGUAAAUCAUAAGUUCGAGCUGUGAAAAGUGGUGCAGAAGAUAGAAGGCGUCGACGUAAUCGUCUGCUUUUUACCAAAGAAAAAAAUUGCCAGAAGAAAGAAAGAGGAAUAAAAUAAAAAUGAAAAAGAAACGAGAGAGAGAGAAAGAGGGAAAACGAGGAAAGGAGUGGUAGUUUUAAAAAAGAAAAUCUUUUAAAAAAAAUCUCGCUCUCUCAGAAUCUGCGAAGAAUCCUUGUUUUUAAUUAAAAAUAAACAAACGAACGAAAAAAAAAUAAAAUAAAUAAAUAAAAAGAAAUAAUAAUAAAAAAAAGACUCAAAAGAAGAGUAUCAUUUUGAAGAAAGAAAAUGACCAAACAAAAUGGAACCCAUUUUCCGCAGCUUUUCUCUUAUUCACACGCGACAACCACCAUUUUCACGAUCUUUUCAUAAUAAUAUAUCGAGAAAGGAAAUAUAUUUUUCACUCUCGUCUCUUCCCCAAUCUCUCGAGAAGUCAAAGAUUAAAAAAAAAAAAAGAAGACGAAAGAGAUGAAGAAAAAGAAAAACUAAAACUAAAGUAAAGUAAACUAAAAACUACAAACAAAACGUAUGUCAUCAUCCGUCGAUGUAGGCACCAUUUUGUAAUCAUGGAUGACUUUACGAAACACACUCGUCCAUAAAACUUACACAAAUACAUACAUACAUACACGUACACGCAAAAGUACAUUUAAAAAGAAAAGAAAGAAAGGAAGAAACCCAUAACACAUACAUACACACACACACACUCAACACGUAAAAAAACGUUACAUGAUUCCUAUUAUACCUAAUCCAAACUUUAUAAUCAUUUAAAAGCGACUGAUAUUAAACGCAUAGAUAAAUCGCACGUGUACUCUAGGUUUGAUAUCGAUCGAGCAAAGCUUGAACCGACCGGUAGAGUUGGAUGUAUAGUUGAAAUAUUAUUAUUUAAAUGAAAACAAGAGAUAAAAAGAAGAAGAAGAAGAGAAAAAAGUAAAAAAAAGAAAGAAAGAAAGAAAUAAAAAUAAGCAAAGGAUCGAAUAAGUUUUUUCGAAUCCAGAUCGACAAAAUUGACAAUUUAAUGUAACAUUCUCGUAUUUAUAUUCAUGCGAGGAAAAAUAAAUGAAAGAAAAAUAUUUACAUACUCUUCGUCGGGGUUAGGACCGGACGAUAACGAUUAGAGGACUAUGAUCGAAUGCUGUGAUAGAAGUAAGCGUAUCAACAAUCGCAACAGGAAUUUCUUCGCGUGUUUACUCCUCCUUUUCCUCUUCAUCUUCUUAAAUUUUAAAAAUGGAAAAGGACCUUUUGAUCAUCACCGAACGACGAUGAAAUAUCGAUCUUUCCUUAUCCUUUUUCUUAUCCGAUCGUUAUCCAAUGAAAUAUACACGUAUACAUAAUAUACAAUUAUAUAAUUAUAUCUUUAAAACGACACUCGUCCCUACUCCCUUCCCUCCCAAAAAAAAAAAAAUAAUAAAUAUAAACGAUCG